GUAACUCAUUUCAAUUCAUGACCCAACGUAAAUUUCUUUUCUCAUUUUGCUUUGAUUACGCUUCACACAUGUCCACUCUCUCUCACACCCCUUCUUCUGAUUCCUUGAAGACUCAAACUCCCCUUCUAGAAGAAAAUCUCACCGACACUGUCGACUACAAAGGCCGUCCGGGCAACAGAAAGAACUCCGGUGGAUGGAAGUCGGCCACUUUCUUGAUAGGUAAAAUCAAAAAGUAAAGCAACCCAUAGAUCAUUUUUUGUUAUAUAUAUAUAUUUAUAUAUAUGUACUCCUAUGUAUGACAAUGUUAAUUAGUAAAGUAUUCACUGCCCU